AUCCUCAACAUUAGGGUUUCUCAAUCUCAACAACUUAAAAGGUCGCGCCUUUAGCAGUUUCAGCUCAUCUCUCUACUUUGUCUCUCGCGCCGUCGUCAAUAUGGGUAAGCCACGUGGUAUGGGAGCUGGGCGCAAGCUGAAGAGGCACCGGAUUAAUCAGAAGUGGGCCGACAAGUAUUACAAGAAGUCUCGCCAGGGCAACGAGUGGAAGAAGCCUUUUGCUUGUUCUUCUCACGCUAAAGGAAUCGUUCUUGAGAAAAUUGGUAUUGAGGCUAAGCAGCCUAACUCUGCUAUCCGUAAGUGUGCUAGAGUUCAGUUGAUCAAGAAUGGUAAAAAGAUUGCUGCCUUUGUCCCCAAUGAUGGUUGUUUGAACUACAUUGAAGAAAAUGACGAGGUGUUGAUUGCUGGAUUUGGGCGUAAAGGUCAUGCUGUCGGUGAUAUUCCCGGAGUUAGGUUCAAAGUGGUGAAGGUCUCUGGUGUCUCACUCUUGGCCCUUUUCAAGGAAAAGAAGGAGAAGCCUAGGUCUUGAGCUCUACUACUGCUCAAGCUUUUGUUUAUGGAUUUUUUUGAUAUUUGAAGACAUUUUUAUGUUUUACUUCAAGAUUCAGUGAUAUCUCUUAUUCUAUUUUCCUCAUUGUACGAGGAGUUGAGUUUAAUCUUGUUUUUGAUUC